UCUCCUCGUCUUCUCCUCGUCUUCUCCUCCUCGUCUCCUCCCCUUCUCCUCGUCUCCUCCCCUUCUCCUCUUCUCCUCCUCUUCUUCUCGUCUUCUUCUUUUAACUCACGAGGGGUUCAGACCUUCAGGGGUCUUCGUCAUGCUCCGUCCUCGUUUUCUCGCGAUCGGCGCCUUGCUCUCGUUGGCCACGCCCCUGCUGGUCGCCAUGGAGACCUGUCAGACGACAGGGACGCACGGGAUGCCAGGCAUUCCCGGGCUGCCCGGCAGAGACGGUCGCGACGGAGGGAAAGGAGAGAAAGGAGAGCCAGGAGCAGUGUGGCCCGGCGGCCUCGGCCCUCAGAAGGGGGACAAGGGGGAACCGGGGCCGAUGGCGUUUCCUGGCAAACGAGGGAAGAGCGGAGAACCGGGAGAUCCGGGUCUCCCAGGGACCGGUGGUCCUCAAGGGGAACUGGGAGAACCAGGGAAAGUUGGAGUCCAGCAGCAGGCGGCCUUCAGCGUGGCCAGAGGAAGCAACGAUUACCCGGACAAAGUGAGCGUCAUUCGGUUCACCAACGUCAUCACCAACAUCCGCGACGACUACAACACCCGGACCGGGCGCUUCAGGUGUCGGGUCUCGGGUACGUACUACUUUGUGUACCACGCCUCUCUAGAUGACCGGCUGUGCGUGCUGAUGAAACUGGACAACAAGCUGCUGGCGUCGUUCUGCGAUCACCGCCGCAUGCGGAGACAGGUGACCUCUGGCAGCCUGGCGGUCUACCUGUCCAGGGAUCAGGAGGUCUGGCUGGAGACCAAAGACUACCGAGGGAUGAGAGGGAAAUUGCAAAGUUACAGCAUCUUCUCCGGCUUCCUGCUGCAGCCUCACUGACUCAAUUCAUUUUUUAAUAAUCAGUUUCACCGUCUGAAACUACGAGCACAAUAAAGUCUUCUCUUUGCGUCA